AUACUGUCUGCAAUCCCCUUCAUAAGGGAAGACUUUCGAGACUGUUAAAUUAUAGUUUCUACUAACCUUCUAUGAAAUCUAUUUUUAUGCAUUUGCAGUGAUAAGUCUAGUAAACAGUGGUGGUGAACUAUGAUUCUUGAAACUCACUAUGAUGUUCUUUCUGUGAAGGAAGAUGCGAGUUAUGAAGAAAUUCGUACAAGUUACCGAACUGCUAUCCUUAAUUCUCAUCCAGAUAAGUUAAAUUCUGAUCACGAGUCUGGAGAGAGAUUUUUGCGAGUACAAAAGGCUUGGGAAAUCCUUGGUGACCCCAAUUCACGCACAGUCUAUGAUAGGGAGCUGCAAUAUUCAAGACAAGAUGUAGUGACCUCGGAAGAUAUCAGCUUAGAUGAUAUGAUGAUUGAAGAUGCCGGUGAAGUCAUGGAGCUUUAUUACCAGUGCCGGUGUGGUGAUCACUUCUCUGUUGAUUCUUUGGAGUUGAAUAAAUUGGGGUACACUUUAUUGAGGGAUGGGGCUGAGAUAUUUGUAAAGACCCCUGAUGCUUUACCAGCUUCAGUUGUUCUUCCUUGUGGUUCUUGUUCUCUGCUUGUUCGGCUGAUGAUAAAUCCAGAUAUUAAAGUUCCAGUUGAUGGGUAUUUGUGAUUGGGUUUGUUUCCAUUAUUUUAGCCGAAAAGCAGACAUGCUUGCUUUAAUCGAGUUGAGUGGAGUUUGUAACAUAGCAU